UAAUACCAGCCCCGUAACACUGAAAGUUUAUGCAUAGAUUCUUUCUACAUUCUGUUCUGUUGUUGUUUCUUGUUAUUUCCUGGCCUUCUGGCUCCUACAGAUGCGACACAAAUUUGGCGGCACCAACACUUCUUCUCCAUUGCCACUCUCCGCGAAAUCUUCCUAACUUUUACAGAAUACCCAACUAAAAAAGGAUUCUCUUUUCCAAAUUCCUAUAUCUUCUCCUUAUAUUUUCAAUAUUUCUUUCAAAUAACCAGUUCUUCUUCUCUCCUUUAACUCUUCAAUCAGUGAUAGAUUGAACCGGAAGAAAAUAUGGGUGCUUAUUGCAAUGAAGACUUCACUUUGCCUUCCCUCAAUGGAUUUGCCUCUUCUCACAAUCUUCGAUUACUGAAGCACGUCCACGAUAAUGUCCAUGGCAACAUCUAUCUCGAUCCUCUAUGUGUGAAGUUUUUGGAUACCGAACAGUUUCAAAGGCUUCGUGACCUCAAACAACUAGGUGUAACCCACAUGGUUUAUCCCGGGGCUGUGCAUUCAAGGUUCGAGCAUUCUCUUGGUGUGUAUUGGCUUGCUGGUGAAGCUGUUGAAAGGCUCAAAAAUUACCAUGGUUUGGAGCUUGGUAUUGAUAACUUUGAUGUUCGGACAGUGAGGCUUGCAGGACUUUUGCACGAUGUGGGCCAUGGUCCUUUCAGUCACAUGUUUGAACGUGAGUUUCUCCCCAAGGUUAUAAAUGGUGAAAAAUGGUGUCAUGAACAAAUGUCUGCCAAAGUUGUUGAUCAUAUUGUUGAUGAGCACCAUAUCGAUGUUGACUCUGGCAUGAUGAGAAGAGUUAAGGAGAUGAUACUAGCCAGCUCAGAAUUUCCACAGAGAAACGAUGCUAAGGAGAAGUGCUUCUUGUAUGAUAUUGUUGCAAAUGGUCGAAAUGGAAUUGAUGUGGACAAGUUCGAUUAUAUUGUUCGUGACUGCCGAGCCUGUGGUAUAGGAUGUAGUUUUGAGUUCCAAAGGUUAAUGGAGACAAUGCGGGUUAUGGGCGAUGAGAUUUGCUAUCGUGCUAAGGACUAUCUUACCAUCCACAAGUUGUUUGCCACUCGUGCUGAUCUUUAUCGCACAGUUUAUACUCAUCCAAAAGUAAAGGCAAUAGAACUUAUGAUAGUUGAUGCCUUGUUGAAAGCAAAUGACUAUUUGCAAAUAUCAUCUUUCAUUCAAGAUCCUUCAGAAUAUUGGAAGUUAGAUGACACAAUAAUCAAAACCAUUGAGACAGCCCCUGAUGAACAAUUAAGAGAAUCUAGAGAUUUGAUCCUGCGAAUACGGAGGAGAGACUUGUACCAGUUCUGUAAUGAGUAUGCUGUUCCGAAGGACAAAAUGGAAAAUUUUAAAGAUGUCACAGCAAAGGAUAUUGUUUGUUCCCAGAAAAAUGGUAAUGUGCUCCUGAAGGAAGAGGACAUAGCAGUAAGCAAUGUUAGAAUUGAUUUGACUCGUGGAAGGCAUAAUCCUCUUGAAAGCAUCAAUUUUUUCAAGGAUUAUGAAAGUGAGGAGAAAUUUCCUAUACCUGAUGAGCGAAUCAGUCACUUGCUACCUACAUCUUAUCAAGACAUGAUAGUGAGGGUCUACUCCAAAAAGAAAGAACUGGUAGCUGCAGUAUCUGAGGCUUUUGAAAAUUUCCAGUUGAGAACUUAUGGAAUUAAGGCACAAGUUCAUGCAACUCCAGAGAAGAAGAAACGCCGAACAUGAGGUAGCAUCAGGUGCUGCAUAAGUCGCAACAUUGGAGUUGUAUAGUUGCUGAUCUUGCUGUCACAUAUACACCGGCGGAUCGUUGAGUUGCCUCUAAUCACAGCACAAGUUCCUGGAUAACAAGUCUAGUGCCUUUGUUAUUGAUGAUAGUGACGAUAUUGAUGAUAGAGACAAUAUUGGAAUAGUUUUAUACCUGGUCUAAUUGUAUGUUCAUGGUUAGUUAGCUCUAGCCGAGUGGUUUUUUAGAUUUUGGUUUUCCACAAGGGCAAGGUACACAUAUCCGAGCUCGUUCUUUUUGCAGCUUUAUUUUUGUAGUUUUGUUCAUUAUACAUAUCCCAAGUAUAAUGAGAAUAUACUUCUGGAAAUCAGGCAAUUAAGUUUCAGUUAAAUUUGAUAUUUUAAUGAUAAAA